UGAUGGUGAUGAUGAUGGUGAUGAUGGUGAUGUGAGUCACAGAGCGGAGGGUUCAGGAUGCUGACAGCCGCUCCUCAGUAGACUCAGCCGGCGCACAGACGCUGCGGAUCCGCCGGAGGACACACGCUUACAGGUCAGCUGUCCAGAUCAGCAGGUGGACUCCAGCUCCCAGAAUGCCCGAGCAGAGUAACGACUACCGGGUGGUGGUGUUCGGAGCCGGUGGGGUGGGGAAGAGCUCGCUGGUCCUUCGCUUUGUCAAAGGCACCUUUAGAGACACGUACAUCCCGACCGUGGAGGACACGUACAGACAGGUGAUCAGCUGCGAUAAGAGCGUCUGCACGCUGCAGAUCACAGACACAACAGGAAGUCACCAGUUUCCCGCCAUGCAGCGUCUUUCCAUCUCCAAGGGCCACGCCUUCAUUCUGGUCUACUCCAUCACCAGCCGCCAGUCGCUGGAGGAGCUCAAACCCAUUUACCAACAGGUCCUGGCCAUCAAAGGCACCGUGGAGUCCAUUCCCAUCAUGCUCGUGGGCAACAAAAGUGACGAGUUGGCCCAGCGCGAGGUGGAGACGAAGGAGGGCGAGGCCCAGGCCGCCGCCUGGAAGUGCGCCUUCAUGGAGACGUCAGCCAAGACCAACUCCAACGUGAAGGAACUGUUCCAGGAGCUGCUGGCCCUGGAGAAGAAGAGGGACAUGAGCCUGAGCAUCGACGGCAAGCGCUCAGGAAAACAGAAACGAGCCGACAAGCUGAAGGGGAAGUGCAGCAUCAUGUAGAGCGAGCGGCGGACUUUCUGCAGAGACCUGGAAACAGCCGAGGAGGCAGGAGACCCCCCCCCCCCCCCACCUUCCCCCCAGCUCUGCAUCACAGAGGACCGGUGCUCUCCUCCUCCUCCUCCUCCUCCUCCUCCGUCUGUGUGAACACUGAAGCCCAGAGGAACAAAACAAUGAGACCGACUCAUAAUGGAAACUUUAUUUAGAACAGGGCCUCAGGCUCCUCCUGGCCCUGAACUGGACCGAGUUUGUUCUUUGUUUGUGGCCACGAAAUACGAAAUACACACACACACACACACACACACACACACACACACACACACACACACACACACACACACACACUUGCCACCACUAACCAUCACACAAACGUUAUAAUGAAGGAAAACUUCACUGAUUUGUAUGUGCUCCUUGAGCCAGCAUGGAGGGAACGUCUAAGUUUUCUGUGUAAGAUAUUAGAAGGUUGUCAUUGGCAACACCUGAUGACAUACGAGACGCCAGACGAUUGG